AUGUAUGCAGCUUUCGGGAAUGGGAACAGGGAAAAGGGUAGUCCGUGGGAAGAGGGCAGCGAUUGCGGGGAGGUGGCCGUGGGCCCCAGUGAGAUGGCAGAGCUAAAGGACUUUGAAGAGCUUAAGGCAGUGAGCCAGCAGCAGUUACUGUACGCAUCUGUUUACGUAUUGUGUGAGGAGAUAAAGGCGACUAUGCAGAGAGACACACAGAGCCUGAGGCACAGCAAGGAGGAGCUGAACAGGCUUAACCAGGCCAUCCAGAAGCUGACCGCGGAGCCCUGCAAACUAGAGGGAGCCAAGGACCUGCCAGCUCUGCAGGACGAGGGUGACUCAGGCAGUGUCAAGGGCAAACUAGUCUGGCUGGAGGGCGCCCUGCAGAAGGCCAAGCAGGACAUGGUGAGGCAGCUUCAGGAGUACCAGGAGCUCAUGAUCCUCAAGCUGCGCCUGGACUUUGAGAUCGCCACCUACAGGCGCCUGCUGGAGGGCGAGGAGCACAGGCUUGGCCUGGGAUUGGGGGCAGCGAGCGGCUCCUUGGGCAGCGCUUCCACCUGCAGGCCGGGCUCAGCCUGGGGUCCUGCCGUCUUGCUGCCGCCGGGAGCGGGCUCCAGCGCCCUGGAGACAAGCGCCCCUGGCGGCGGCUGCGCGCUCUGCGGCUCCCCAGACUGUGGCGGCGACUUCAGCUGCAGAGGCUCCGGCAGAUGCUGA